CUUGUGAAAGCUUCUCCACCAUCUCCAUGUCCCCCCUUAUAUAUACUCCUCGAUGAUCGCCAUGGCCUUCCACCUCCAACCUCACUCACUCACUCAAGCCAAGCUAGCAAUCGAUCGAUCGAGCUCAAUGCCUCCAUCCAUGGCGACGGCGAGGGUGGCGUCACCGUCCACGGACAGGAAGCGCAAGGCCAGCAGCGAGGACGACAUAGACGCCGCCGCCGCCGCCGCCGCUCUCACCUCGCCGCUGGCGCCGGCGAGGGGGAGGAAGCGGUUCGUCGGCGUGCGGCAGCGGCCGUCGGGGAGGUGGGUGGCGGAGAUCAAGGACACCAUCCAGAAGAUCCGCGUGUGGCUCGGCACCUUCGACACCGCCGAGGAGGCCGCCCGCGCCUACGACGAGGCCGCCUGCCUCCUCCGCGGCGCCAACACCCGCACCAACUUUUGGCCCCGCCCCUCGCCGCCGCCCGCCGCCGUCGCGCCACCGGAGACGACGACGACGCCGGCGCUGCCGUCCAAGGUCACCAACUUGCUACUGCUCCGCCUCAAGGCUCGCAACCAGCAGGUCGUCGACGCCGGCGCCGCGGCGCCGCAAGAAGCCGCUCUGUUGCAGCUGCAGCAGCAGACGCCGGCGUCGUGCCAGGAGGUGUUCGUCCGUAGCCACGGCGAGGAGUACGGCUUCCACGUCGACGACUUCCUCAGCGACGCGUGCAGCAACGAGCAGUACUCCGGCGACAGCUCGCUGGGAUUGGACGACGACGACGGCGAGGUGGAAGACGAGGAGGAGGAGGAGCUCGACUUCCAGUUCAUGGACGUCGCGCCCGGGGCGUCGUCGGCGGCGGCGGAGGCGGGGCUAGGCGGCGAGGGCGCGCUGUGCUCGCCGUUCGAGAUGGUCGCCGCGGAGCUCGGCGGCGCGGUGGACGUGGCCGCGCACGACGCGAUGAGGCAGAUGGACUACGAGAGGAAGAUCUCCGCGUCGCUCUACGCGCUCACCGGCGUCUCCGAGUGCCUCCGGAUCCGCGCCGCCGCCGGCGCCACCGCCGCUGCGCGGGACCACCUCACCGGCCUGAGAGAGGCUUGCCGGAAGAAGCAGAAAUUCGCCGCCGCCGCGGCGGCGCCGCCACAGCAGCAAGAACCAUCUCCUCCUCCACAGCAGCCUGAGACGCCGGCGAGCUCAGGCGGCGGCAUGUCGGAGACGGCGAGCGGCGGCGGCGGCGACGGCGACGUGCUGAUGUGGAGCUCACUGGACUUGGCUCCGAUUUGCCACAUGGCAUAGUUAUUAUUAGUAGUAAACACCAUACUUAAUUAGGGCUGUGGAAUUUCUUGGUGAUGACAUGCAUGCAUGGCUGAUGGCUCAGACGAGAGCUCUGGAAAUUAUUAGCUUUGCUUAGCUUUGCCCCAAUUGUUUUGUUCAACAGCAAAAAAUAAAGUUUAGUUAUCCUCUCUGAUCAUCUCAUAUAAACCACAAAUUAUAGAUAAUGAAGUGUUUGAUGUGUUUGUUCA